AAAGGGGCCGCUGUUUUAUCGUAGUGGAUAUUUCCUGGUCAGUACGCAUUGAGGAUAGGACGCCUAGAAGAUGCUAAUGAAGUUAAGUGGUUUGCUACUCCUUCUUGGACUGAUCAACAUAUCAUCCGCCGCGAUUCCAAGUUAUAUAAAAAUAUGUAAGAGGAAUGACCCAAAAAUUGACCAAUGCAUAAUCGACUCUAUAAACUUUUUGAGACCAAAACUAGUCAAAGGAAUUCCUGAAUUGGAUGUUCCACCAAUCGAACCAUUGUAUUUUGAUGAGUUCGUCGUUUCAAAAGGAAAUAACUUCAAGGCAAUUGGUACAAAUGUCAAAGUCAUCGGAGCAUCUAAUUAUAAAAUUACCAGUUUAAAGGCAGACACAAACAAACAGAUUUUCCAAAUCGGACUUUCAUUUCCCUACAUAAACGUGGAAGCCGACUAUGAUGUCAACAUGAAGCUGCUAACUAUCAACCUUAAAGGGAAGGGACCUCUUCAGUCAAACAAUAGUGAUGUCACUAUCCAGGCAAUAGCCAAGGGACACAAGAACCAGAAGGAUAAGAAAACUUACCUCCUCUUCGACUCAUUGGAUUUGAAGAUUAAGUGGAAAAACUAUAACAUCAGACUUGAAAAUUUAUUCGGUGGAGACAAAGUCCUAGGUGAUGCAGUCAAUGGUGCCCUCAACGAAAACAAAAAGGAAAUAAUAAAUCUUAUCCGGCCGAAGAUAGAAAAAAUGAUGGGUGAAAAAAUGCUUGGUGUUGCUAAUAAAAUUACCCAACAUUUCACAUAUGAUGAACUUUUCCCGGCAAAGUGAUUUAUACGACCUUUUCGUAAGGUUUUUAAAAGUGGUCAAACUGAAUCAUAAUUAGAAUAAUAUGACAAGUAGUGCCUACAUUAAUGUGAUAUAAAUUGUUCAUAAUGUAAUUUAAUGUUUUAAAUUCAGCUGAAGUUGAGUUUAGCAUAAAUUAAUUAAAUACUGUAAUUAACUGAUGUACUCAUAAAAAUAAAUCAAUAUUUUACUAUUUGAUUGAUUUUAAUAAAAAA